GCACAGAUUGUCUCCCAUAAGCAGUGUAUGUUAUGAUGGCAGGAUUUGUGCAGUGCGGUUGUUUUGGAUCUUUUCUCUGUUUGCUUGGUGGCGUCACUGCGCUGUAUUACAUGUUGAAGUGGUCGUGGAGGAUUUGGCAAGGCUUCAAGGUGUACGUGGUGUCCAGUGUGUAUCCAGCAGACGUGAGAGAGUACGGACAGUGGGCAGUGGUCACAGGAUCAACAGCAGGAAUUGGACGAGCCUACGCCAUUGAGCUCGCCAGACGAGGACUGGACAUCGUCCUGAUCAGCCGAUCGCAAGAAAAGCUUCGUAGAGUUGCUGAUGAGAUCGAAUCACGUUACAGAAGGCAGACUCGAGUCAUUCAGGCGGACUUUACCAAAGGACACUCUAUUUAUCCAGUUAUAGCUGAGCAACUCAAAAGCCUGAAGAUUGGCAUUCUGGUGAAUAAUGUUGGUAUGAAUUAUGCUGGAACGUUGGUGAACUUCUUAGAUGUUUCUGACCCUGAAAAGAGAAUCACCGAAGUGAUCAACUGUAACAUCCUCUCCGUCACACAGAUGAGCAGAAUGAUUUUGCCACAGAUGGUUGGAAGAGGUGAAGGACUUAUUAUCAACAUAUCAUCAGAAGCUGGUUCUCAGCCUCAGCCCAUGCUUACGUUGUACUCAGCUACAAAGGUAUUCGUGUCAUAUUUCUCUCAAUGUCUUCAUGCAGAAUACCAACCACGAGGAGUCACAGUUCAGUGUGUAACUCCGUUCAUGGUGUCCACUAAUAUGACGCAUAACAUUAAAGUUAAUCCUCUGGUAAAAAGUGCAGAGUCGUUUGCCAGAGACGCUCUCAACACUGUGGGUUACAGCUCCUUCACCAGUGGCUGUAUUACGCAUGCCCUGCAGCAUAUCGCUCUGGCGAUCUUUUUCCCAGCUUGGCUGCGACUGUCUCCAUUUUGUGUGCGCUGUGUUCAGAGGUUUGCACAAGAAAUAAAGCAACAAAUAGAAGAGAAAAUGUCACAAUGCCAGAAGAAACAGGAAGACAGAUACAUGUAAACCGAGGCUUACACCAGCAGAAGGUCAUAAGACCACACCAACAACCUGAUGGGAAUGACUUGCUCUUCUGGAUAUGGAUCUUAACACAUGCUUCUAAUCAAACCCUGCUUUAAUCAGAUACGACAUUAUUUUUGGCAGACAUUCUCAGCAUGUUCAGACAUUUACGGAUCUCAGCCAAAGUUGAAAUAUAGUCGAUCGGUUAAGACAUGUUCAGUAUCCAAGUUUUUUUUUUUCUAAAUUAUGUAUAGGGAGGUGUAACCUCCUGAUGAUCCAGCGGCAGGAUCUCAUGCUCUUAUUGCUGUGGCCUGGGUUCGAUUCCUGGUUAUGGAGCAAACCCUCAGUGCUGGUACUGGAUAAAAUGGGAGGGUUGCAUCAGGAAGAGCAUCCGGUGUAAAAUCUGUGCCAAAUCAAAAUAAUGGGGACCCCAAAUCUGGAGCAGCCAAAGGAACAACAUCAUAUAUAGAGCUCUGUAGGUGAUACCUGUCGUUAAUUAGUGGGAACAGCAUCCUAAUGUGUGGCCAGGACGUAGAAACCUAAGAUAAUUAAGUGUGGCAAUAGUUUAAUAAGGGGGGGCACGGUGGCUUAGUGGUUAGCACGUUCGCCUCACACCUCCAGGGUCGGGGUUCGAUUCCCGCCUCCACCUUGUGUGUGUGUGGAAUUUGCAUGUUCUCCCCGUGCCUCGGGGGUUUCCUCCGGGUACUCCGGUUUCCUCCCCCGGUCCAAAGACAUGCAUGGUAGGUUGAUUGGCAUCUCUGGAAAAAUUGUCCCUAGGGUGUGAUUGCGUGAGUGAAUGAGAGUGUGUGUGUGCCCUGCGAUGGGUUGGCACUCCGUCCAGGGUGUAUCCUGCCUUGAUGCCCGAUGACGCCUGAGAUAGGCACAGGCUCCCCGUGACCCGAGGUAGUUCGGAUAAGCGGUAGAAGAUGAAUGAAUGAAUGAAUGAAUGAAUAGUUUAAUAAGGCAUGAUCAUUGUGUUCUGCAAACAAUAUUAACACAAUGAUGUUUCUUGGCAACUCUAGCUACUGUUAACAAACUCCAGUGUGUGGUAAAGAAAUAUCUUCCCCACCCCUUACUAAUGAAUGUUUAUGCAGAAAGUUUUAUUAUAAAGAGAUUAUACUAGUAAGCGGUUUAUAGCUGAUAGAUUUGUAUUGUACAAACUGCAGGUCUAAUUCAUGGAAUUUACAUGAAAACACGCUUUACAUAAUCCAUCUGCUACAUUUGUUUGAAAAACAUACAAACAAUUUUGCACUAUAUCAACCAAAUACAAUUUUUAAUCGGACCCCUUCCCUAAGUUUGUAGUGUGGAGUGACCCAAAACUAGCUGAAGUAUAAAGUAAUUCGGAUACAGGGUAUAGCAAGCUUCGCUAUUAUUUUUUUCAGUUGGAUUUUCGAUUUUUAUAGGAACGAAAUUCCACACAUAGAAGUGUGUUUUCAAUAUAUAAUACAGGUCAAUAUGAUUGGAGGUACAGUAAGUGUGUAAUAAUUUAGGCAUAUGAUUUGAAUAAAGUUAAAUUGGACGCUAAUACCAUAACGUGUGCGGGGCUAUUAGCUAUAUUAGCUUCAGACUCCAGGCAUGCGCGUGCCUUUUUAACCUCACUCCCACAGCGAUUAUAUUUUCUAUUAAGUUUUUUAACAUCAUUUCCAGGGGACAAUUUCACUAAAUGUUUAAACAAAUUGAAAACAUUUUUUUUCCUUUUCAGUCUGAUUGCGCGCCCUCAUGACACACUACUUCAGCGAGCACGUCUUGGCUGAUCGAGUAUUUUUAGAUGUAAACUUUAUUUGAAUCAGAAACGCAGUGUGCAAGACUACAAACACUGGACUGGGCUGUGUAUAAGAUAUAGAGAAGAAGAAAGAAGACAUAGGACUCAAUAAGGGAUCAGGAAAUAUUUAACCAGUUUAUUAUGUACAUAUUUACUGCAUAUUUGUAUAACAAUAUUGUCAUACGUGUGUUAAAUGCAACAGAUUAUAUAUAUAUAUAUAUAUAUAUAUAUAUA